GUUGUCUGCGCUUGGUUUCGGUUGCAGAGUUUGUAUGGACUUCGGUUACCAGUCGCCUUUCGCACUCGUAAUUUCUGUAAAGUCUUGGUGAGAGAGCCAGGGGUAGCCCCUACGAUGACUGGUCCUUGAAACAGCACUUACAGUUGCUCCAAGAGAACGUAUGUCGCCGCGGCCUUGUUUCUACUGAGCUGCCUCCCCUAGCGAGAUCCGCUUCCUUGUUCACAAACUGUGUAAACAGCGCGUUUCGAUAAGUGUGACCCCCUUGGAGCUCGCCCGCGAUAUUAUCGGAAAAAGAAGAAAAAAAAAAGGGAAAAGCGCAGCGACCCACGGAGCGAUCUCUCUCUGUGUGUGCGCCGUGCAAACGACAAGCAGUGUGUCACUGCAGUCUUCGAUUGACCCACCGCGCCGAGCGGCGAAUCAGCUGGCCGAAGCGCCGGACAGCAAAAUCGUAAUAUGACGACAUGAAGAGGAAGUCGGCCGUGAUUCAGACGUCGGACCGCGAACGGCGACGUGCGACGACGAAGCGUGUGCGACAGGGAAAAAGCGCAUUUCACCGCAGCUGCGCCUCGUUGGGCGCACGCUCUUCUACGGCCGCGCUUGGGGACUGCGAGCGAGUAUGGCAUCGAACGAGACCGAGCAGUGGGACGCCUUUUUUCGCGCGACCAAGCCACCGGCAGAUUACGACGAUCAGAAAAGACGCAUCGAUGAGUUCUGUUCCUUGUUUUCGGACACCAACGAGCGUGUUGUGCUGAUCACGUCUGGAGGAACAGCUGUGCCCCUCGAACACAACACUGUACGAUUUGUUGACAAUUUUAGCGCUGGGACCAGAGGCUCUGCAUCAGCCGAGUACUUUCUGGAUCAAGGCUACGCUGUGCUGUUUCUGUUCCGAUCAACAAGCCUGCAGCCGUUUGUUAGACGCUUCAAGCCUGGUGAACUGCUCAGCUACCUCCAGUUUGCAUCUGGCAAUGACAGCUGCAUUCAGGUGUGUGCGGAUGCAGUUCCAAAGGUACAGCCCGUGCUCGAAGGUUACCAGAGGGCCAUGGCGGAGGGUGCUGGUAGGCCGCGCCUCCUGCAGAUCUCCUUCACCUCGCUGACGGACUACCUGUUCUUGCUGAAAGCCUGCGCUGUUGCUCUGCGUCCGUUGGGAAGCCGUGCUCUGUUGUACUUGGCUGCUGCUGUAUCAGACUUCUAUGUGCCACCAGAAAACAUGCCCGAGCACAAGAUACAUUCCGAUGCGGGUCCACUGCAGUUGCGCCUACAUCUGGUCCCCAAGAUGCUCAAGCCGCUCAUUUGCUGUUGGAAUCCUACAGCCUAUGUCGUCUCCUUCAAGCUGGAAACAGAUGAAAACAUCCUCCUGGACAAAGCAAGAAGAGCGUUAGCUACCUACAAGCACAAGCUCGUGAUCGGCAACGAGCUGCACAGCCGUAAGCACAGAGUCGUCUUUGUGACCAGCGACGAUCAUGAGGUUAUUAACCUUACGCCCGAGCAAAUGGCGGCAGGCGUAGAAAUCGAGCAGAUUAUUGUGGAGAAGCUCGUGAAGCGUCACACGGAGCACGUACGCAACAGCCCGACAAGAAGUUCCAUCUCUGAAGUCAGCAUGACCGGAGGAAGCGUCAGUAACAGCAGCAGCCUGCCUUAGCGUUCAGCGUCAUGAACAGCUAGGCGAAAUAUCUCACAUCACUUCAGCAUCUCAUUGUGCUGCUGCGAAAAACAGGUUGUGUCCCAUAGUUAUGUUUAUGUGCACAUAGUAUAACGGAUCUUGUUUAAGAGCCAUACCCUGGCUGGUAUGCUCGUUUUGUUUCAUUGCGUGCUUAUGUUUUGUUGUAACCUACCUAAUCAAGAAUAAGAAAAGUGCCUGCCUUAGCUUUCCAUAUAAUAUGUAUGGGCUGAAGCACAUAGAAACGAGGGAUACUGUGGUUUGCGACUUACCACUGUGUUACACUGCGUUAAAAUGUUUUCAUAGCAGAAGGAAGCAAGACAUUUCGCCAUUUCGUCCCAUUGCAUUUACUCGUGAAGCGUGUCUGCGUCGUGCUUCGCAUGUUUUGUAGUUUGUAGUCUAUGUCAAAUAGUUGAGAGACUUUGCCAGUGGACUUCAUGCACAUGUAGUUUUCUUGACAUUGAAUUCAUCCACCUCGUCCAGAUGGCGCUUUGCACUAGCCGGUCUCUCCUUUUGAUAGUGAGCAGGCCUUGUUUGUGGUAACGUAUCCGUAUGUUGUGUCUAUUGUGCCAUGAGACUGCAUAAAAUCGCAGACAGUUCGGCAAUAAGGCAUUUUCCAUUUUGUUACUAUGCCAACUGCGUGAUUUACAAAGGUGUCUCGUAUGAAUUCUUCUGGCCAUAUGCUUUGUAUAAAAUAGCAAAAGUAGAGAAAAAUACUAUGACAUGAGCCACAGAUUUACGUUGUUUCAAUUGUUCUUUUUCUGCACUACACAUAUCCAUGUUUAGUAAACAUUAAAUAAAAAUAAUUUUACUUCUC